CUAAUGUCAAGGUCACGUGACCUGGGUGUGUGGUUGUGUUGCGACGUACAUACACCUGCCCUAAUUUGACACGGAGCGAAUAGAUUGUUGGUCUGGAACUGGGAAAAGCCUAUAGGAAGAUAAUCGUGGAUAGUUUUCUUCGCUUCAGUAUUUUGUACAUUGAUUAAUUAGUGUUUGGGCAGUUUCCAGCGAACUGACUGUCCAUCAGACCUGUCAAGUGUUAAACGAGGAAGUGCGCUUGACUCAUCAUCGCUGUCGUCGCUCGGGCCAUAUCCACCUAUGGCUACAAGUCGUAAAUUUAUCUGUUUUGAAUCACUAAUGUAUGCAGUGUAUUUAUUAUUUUAGUCCCAGUGCGAUGUUCAGAGUCAAGCGACGUUUACGGUGAAGUUACUCGAGUUUGAUCGCACUAAACUCUUACAGGUGUCGACACUGAAGCAGGAUGAAUGAGUCCGGGUCCACUGCGACAAAUUUCAGCACUCUGUCAGUGGAUUCAGAUAAAACCAUGGAUAAUUCAGUCCCUUUGUCGUCCUUCUCAAUGCUGUCAAACAUAACCUAUAUGUCUAACAUGACCGUGAUCAGAUCAAGUAAUGGGACUGAAGUAGUGGGGGACGACCAGCUCUUCCUCAACACCCGCACGGCCCAAGCCUUGUCAGGGAUUUUCGUUUGGUCUGCGCUCAUCAUCACCUGUCAUCAGAUAUACCUGCACCUAAAGUCGUACACGGUGCCAAAUGAGCAGCGCUACAUCAUCCGCAUCCUUUUCAUCGUCCCCAUCUAUGCUUUCGACUCCUGGCUCAGCCUGCUGUUCAUCAGUAAUGACCAGUAUUAUGUGUAUUUCGACUCUGUUCGUGACUGUUAUGAAGCAUUUGUGAUAUACAACUUCCUGAGUCUGUCCUUUGAGUACCUUGGAGGAGAAAGUGCCAUCAUGUCAGAAAUAAGAGGAAAGCCUAUUCAGUCUAGUUGCCUGUAUGGGACAUGCUGUUUGGUAGGAAUGAGUUACUCAAUUGGCUUCCUGAGAUUCUGCAAGCAGGCCACACUUCAGUUCUGUGUCGUGAAGCCCAUCAUGGCUGUCAUCACCAUCCUUCUGCAGGCUUUCGGCAAAUAUCACGAUGGAGAUUUUAAUGUAACGGGAGGUUACCUUUACAUCACCAUCAUCUACAACAUCUCUGUCAGUUUGGCUCUGUAUGCCCUAUUCCUCUUCUACUUCGCCACCAGUGACCUUCUGAGACCUUUUGAGCCUGUGCUCAAAUUCCUCACCAUCAAAUCUGUCAUCUUCCUCUCAUUCUGGCAAGGUAUGUUAUUGGCCAUUCUGGAGCGAUGUGGUGUGAUCCCGAAAGCUCUGGUCAUUGAUGGUCAUGAAGUGGGGGCUGGUUCAGUGGCAGCUGGUUGGCAGAACUUCAUCAUCUCCAUCGAAAUGUUCUUCGCCUCCAUCGCCCUCCGCUACGCCUUCACCUCCAGUGUGUACCGCGAGAAGAAGAGUGAAGCACCAGAGAAUGUAGCACCUAUGCACAGCAUAUCCAGUGGCCUGAAGGAGACCAUUAACCAUGGAGACAUGGUUCAGGAUGCGAUCCACAACUUCUCUCCAGCUUACCAACAGUACACACAGCAGUCCACCCAGGAAGUGGUGCAACCCAACAUGAAUGGCAAACCAGGGACCAGCACCUCCAAGAGUUCCAAGAAAUCUGAUAAAGUGAUGCUGAUCGACACGGAUGAUGAGUUCUAGUGCCCCGUCUGUCCUGAUCGGUCUAUUUAUUUAAUCCGAAACGAAUCCGACUCUGAAGAACUUUGAGGACCCUAAUCAUGUAAAUCGCUCCUGAUUUUUUUUAUUUACAUUUUUUAAAGAGAGCUCAAUAAAGUGAUCUGAACUGUUUCCUGACAAGUAGACCGUGUCGAGCUGGGGUUGUUUUGUUUUCCUCUUCGUAGUCCUGGAGCUCAUCCUUUCUUCUGAUACUCCGUAGUAGUCUCGUAAUGAAGAGUCCCCUUCUCUUCUCCGACCUGUUCUGAGGCAUGGCCGAUAAACAUGAGGCACAGGGAGCUGUUCAGAUGGAAUGAACCAGAGACCAACGCUUUAGGGAGCCAUUCUUGCAUCUGGUCGUUUGAAGUAUUUGCUCAGCAGCCCUCUGCUGGGUCUCAGGAUGAACUGAACUGGCUCUCAGAGAUGCCCUGGCUUUGGAGAUCGCACUUCAAACUGUUGUCUGCUGCUCUUUGAAACCUUUGUAUCAAUCAUGCCACUCUGAGCACUGCCUCCACUUGAUUUGGAGGUUCAUUAAUUUUCACACCAGGCCUUCAAAGAGUGUGAGAGCUGAUGCAAAAAAAUGCAAGUCUCAGCCGUCAUGGUGUAUUUUAAUUUUAAAUCGUUUGUAUUCAGCAUUAUUAGUUGGUUGGUUAAAGCUUUAACCUGUGACAAGUUUAUAAUGGCACAGGUGUUAAUUUGUUAAUGUUAAAUUAUGUUGUUUAGUUCUCUACUGUUUGCCGUUCAAAGGUGGUGUGCCUAAAUUGUUUGUAAACAGUCCGACAUGAAAUAUAAUUUAGGUAAUUAUCAGACAAAGCUAUUGGAAUAUUUAUUUACUACUACAACUUACCACAAAGUAAGUGAGUUAAAAGUAAUUCAGUUAAAAGAUUUGAAAGUCCUGUCUUUUAAAGUUUCUGAAGGCGCCAUGUAUUGUCUUGAUCGAGAAUUGUUUUCUAAAUGUUUGUUGAUGUAUUUCUUAAUCUACUCUUGUAGUUCAUUGGAUCACGUUUUGCAAAUACUAUCAUCAAAGAUGGCUUCAAAAUGAAACUACCUAUGUUUUGUGAUACAAAGUUGCUGUCUUCACUUUAUAGACAAAAUAAGUUGACUUGUUCUGUCUAAAUUGUAGCCAUGUCUGUCAUCUUUGUAAAAUGAAUGUUAAGAAGCAGCAUUAUGCGAGUAUGACUUGUGCCAAUGAUUGCUGCCUUACAGUUGUGGAUAAUGAAGUGAUAGUGUUUAAUAUAUAGUGUGAAUCAGAAAUGAUCUCUAAACAGAUACUGAUAUUUUAGCUACUUGUGCAGUUGGUUUUGAGGACAAAAUCUGUUCUCAUAUUAAAUAAAUUCUUUUUUUUCUCUCUCA